GUACCCCGUGUUAUGUGGAUUCGGAGGGAAUUGUGCGGAUGCUGAAACGAGGACUGGGGAAUACUUGGAUUCCAGUGUGUAACAUGAGAGAGCAUUGCAAAGGAAAAUCUGAUCAUUACUGGGUCGUUGGCAUCCAUGAAAAUCCCCAGCAGCUCAGGUGUAUUCCUUGUAAAGGAGCCCGGUUCCCUCCUACGCUCCCACGGCCUGCUGUAGCAAUAUUAUCUUUUAAGCUUCCUUACUGUCAAGUUACAACAGAAAAGGGACAGAUGGAGGAGCAGUACUGGCGUUCUGUUGUAUUUCACAACCAUGUGGAUUACUUAUCAAAAAAUGGCUAUGAACUUGAUGAAAAUGCUAAAAGUCAGUCAGUGAAAGAGCAGCAAGAACUUUUAAUGAAACUCUUUGCCCUUUCGUGUAAACUGGAGCGUGAAUUUCGUUGUGUGGAACUUGCUGACCUCAUGACACAAAACGUUGUGAAUUUAGCUAUCAAGUAUGCUUCUCGCUCCCGAAGACUAAAUUUAGCUCAGCGGCUCAGUGAAAUGGCUGUAGAAAAAGCAAGUGAAUUGGCAAUGGCACAGGAAGACGAAGAGGAAGAAGAGGAUUUCCGAAAGCAUUUGAGUGCUGGUUACAGCAACUCUCCCACGGAGUGGAGUCGGCUGCCAGUCAGAAAUGUUCGCCAGGACCAAGAAAUGGAAGAUGCUGAGGAAACUGAUGCCUGUGAGGAAGUAGAAGAAAGACCAGAAGUACCUAAACAGAGGCCAAAUCCGUUCUCCAAAGGUGUCACUUCAGCAGAGGAGACUACUCCAAAGUCUGUUGUAAUUGCAUCAAGCAGCCAAGGACGAGUGAAUCCCUUUAAGGUGUCAUCUAACAAAAAGGACCCAGUGGUCCCCUCAGCAAAUGUUCUCGACACUAUGAGUAAAUACUCAAAGAAAACUUCUUUGUCUAGCAGUCAGGCUGGGAACAAGCAGAACACUCCAGUUAUAAAGCCUCUGAUUCCCAAACCCAAGUCCAAGCAGGCUUUAGCAGCCUCCUUCUUCCAGGUUCGUACACCUAACUCUGGUGAAAAAACAGUGAAAGAAAGAGAAGAAAAACCAGGAAACGAGUCUCAUGAAGUCCAAGUCACUGCACAGGACAACACUGAAAACAGAAAACCAAAGACAGGAUUCCAGAUGUGGCUAGAAGAGAACAGAGCAAACAUUUUGGCAGAUAAUCCUGAUUUUAAUGAAGCAGAAAUAAUAAAAGAAGGCAUGAGUCGAUUUAGAACACUGUCGUCAGAAGAAAGAAUGGUGUGGACUGAGAAAGCAAAAGGAGGAACAGUUAAUGAUUUAACGGAAGAUAAAAAGCGAAAGCGUCCCACAGCUGAGGAAGACGAAAUGAAGAACCAGGAGCAAAAAUCAGAGGACUCAAAUUUAUCCAAAAAACCAAAGCCUUUAGAUCAAUCUACAAAUGUCAGGUUGUCAGCUUUCGCGUUCAAGCAAAUCUAA